AUGAGUCUGAAGAUCUGGCUACUGGAGCUUAAAGAUGUAGCUUAUGAAGCUGACAAUGUCCUAGAUGAGUUUGGGUAUGAGAUUCUUCGUCGAAAGAUGGAGUCUCAAAAGAGAAAGAAGGUACGCAGCUUCUUUUCACCCUCCAAUCCUAUUGUAUUCCCCUUUAAGAUGGGAAACAAGAUAAAAAGCAUCAACCAAUCGUUGGAUAGAAUUAAGACUGAUGUAGCUCUCCUUGGUCUUAGAGAGUCUUUGAACCCAAUCCCCAAGAUCGGUCUGGAUCGGGAGACAGACUCUUUUAUUGAUGAUUCGGAAGUUGUAGGACGAGGAGAUGAUGUCUUAAAAAUUGUUAACUUGUUGAUUGGUCUCGGAAAGACAACUACAGCAAAACUAGUUUACAAUCAUGAACUAGUAAAGAAACAUUUUGAUGUGAAGAUGUGGGUAUGUGUAUCUGAUAAUUUUGAUGUUAAAAGGAUUUUAAGAGAGAUUCUUGAAAUCCUUGACAAUAAUUGUAGUGGGUUAGAAAAUAAAAAUGCUAUACUUCACCAUCUUCAAGAGAAGUUGCAGGGAAAAAGAUAUCUUCUCAUACUCGAUGAUAUGUGGGAUGAAGAUCGUGAGAAAUGGGAUGGUUUAAGGAGUAGUUUGUUGGGAAUUAAUCAAAAUAAUGUAAAUAAUAUUCUCGUAACUUUUUAUAAGGACAAUGUGGCACAAAUCAUGAAGACAAGUCUCAUACAUAAAUUGGAAAAACUAUCAGAAGAUGAAUGUUGGUUAAUAUUUAAGGAAAAGGCAUUUGCAAAUGAAAGAAUUCUAGUAACUCCAGAUUUGGAGGAUAUUGGAAGAAAGAUUGCUAAAAGAUGUGGAGGGAAUCCAUUGGCUGCAAGAGUUCUGGGAGGAAUGAUGCGCCUUAAAGAGGAUAAAAGUGAAUGGUUAUUGAUUCAAAAUAGUAAGACUUGGGAUUCGAUGGAGGACAAUAAUGGAGUUUUUCCAAUAUUAAAGUUAAGCUUUGAUCAUCUCCCAACACCAUCUCUAAAACAAUGUUUUGCAUAUUGUUCAAUUUUUCCCAAGGAUUUUAUUAUUGAAAAGAAACUACUAGUUCAACUUUGGAUGGCUGAAGGGUUCCUUCAAACACCUAAAAGAAGUUUUUCAGUGAUAGAGGAUAUUGGUAACAAGUAUUUUGAUUUCUUAGUAGCAAAUUCCUUAUUUCAAGAUCUAGAAAGGGAUUCUUAUGGUGAUAUUACUUGGUGCAAGAUGCAUGAUCUUGCGCUCUCAAUUUUAGAAGGGGAAACCUUGCAUUUGGAGGCUAUGAAGCACGGAAAGAAUAAGGCAAGAAAGCCAGAAUUUCGGCCUCUCCGGCGAUUUUCACGGCCGAUUUCGGCCUGUUUCGGCCGAUUCCGGCCUGUUUCGGCCGUAUCGGCCGUAUCGGUCGCCGGCCGAUAUGGCCGAUACGGACCGAGUCGGCCCGAUUUCGGCCGAGUCGGCCCGAUUUCGGCCGCGUCGGCGCCGAUUUUGGCCGCGUCGGCCCGCGUCGGCCCGAGUCGGGAUCCGCCACGUGGCCCGACGCGGCACGACGCGGAACGGACGCGCGGUCUGCGGCGUCCCUCCCGCGUCGCCGCGUCCCCGCCGCGUCGGACGCGGGUGCGCCGGCUUGGGAGCCGCGUCCGUGCAUCCUUGUUUGGAGGGCAAUUUGGGGGAUGGCAUUGA